AUGCCCGCAUUUGUAGCUGUCAUGGAAUCGUCUGGGUCUUCAGUCACCGAGUCCACCGACAUCAUCAAACCCGACGAUCCCUUCUCGGGUCCCCUAAAGUCUGUCGCGCCCUGGAAUUACACUUUCCUCGCGUGUCUGAUGUUCAUAGUGACGUCACUCUCUCUGACAGAGAACUUUACUGUGAUGCUCGUAACCUUUAGAUACAAACAGUUGAGAAAGCCGUUGAAUUAUAUCAUCGUCAAUUUAUCUGUUGCUGACUUUCUAGUUUCACUUACAGGAGGCACCAUAAGUUUUUUAACUAAUGCGCACGGCUACUUCUUCCUGGGCGUCUGGGCGUGUGUGCUGGAGGGAUUUGCCGUCACUUUUUUCGGGAUUGUGGCGCUGUGGUCUUUGGCAAUCCUGGCAUUCGAGCGUUUUUUUGUGAUCUGUCGGCCUCUAAAAGACGUCCGGUUGGGUGGCAAACAUGCAGCUAUGGGUCUUGUUUUUGUAUGGAUCUUCUCCUUUAUAUGGACCUUUCCGCCAGUUGUGGGCUGGAACAGUUACACAAUCAGCAAAAUUGGCACCACCUGUGAGCCUAACUGGUACUCCACUGAUUACUAUGACCACACUUAUAUCAUCACCUUUUUCACCACCUGCUUUAUCCUUCCUCUCGGUGUGAUCAUUAUCUCAUAUGGUAAACUUAUACAGAAACUCAGAAAGGUAUCAAACACACAUGGAAGGCUGGGUAACGCACGUAAGCCUGACCGUGAGGUGGCACGGAUGGUCAUUGUGAUGAUAAUAGCAUUCAUGGUUGGAUGGACGCCUUAUGCAGCGUUCUCAAUUACUGUCACCGCUUGUCCCACAAUCCACAUUGAUCCUCGCCUGGGCUCUAUUCCGGCCUUCUUCUCCAAGACAGCAGCUGUAUAUAAUCCCAUCAUCUAUGUGUUCAUGAACAAACAGUUCAGGAAGUGUCUGAUCCAGAUGUUCAAGGGCAAUGGCACCAGUUUGAACUCAACCAAUUUAAAUCAGACAUCAGACAAAGGGGCCAUCACUGCAACAGCUGACAGUCACCUCGUGGAGAUGUCCACUAUUGCUGCCCGCGUUCCCAUUUCCAUGUGCCAUGUGGAAAAAAGUGAGGAGGAUGAGGAAGAGGAGGAGUCAGACUAGAAUGGGAAUGGAGGUCCAAAGCAACUAUCUGUAUCUGAUAGCCGAGUCUGUCCUUAGUAAAAGAGCUAAUCGGAUUACCUGUACCAGUCUAACCCCCACUAUUAUUCUAAUCUGUUGUCUUAGUCUAACCUGUAGAGUGCAGUUGUUACCUCUAAGGGAGUGUAUGUGAAAAUGCAUAGUUUGUGUUUUUAUAUGUUCUCUGUUGAUGUUUGUAUGUUGUGCCCAUGUGCAAUCAAUCUUGGUGUAUGUAUGCUCUUGUCAGCAUGUAAAUCACGCAUACAUCCAAUACAUUUCUGUGCUGUCGUCUGAGAGUGAGUUGCUGACUGUUAAUAUAUGGAGACGUUUACAGAUGUUUUUACAAAAUUUUAAAGAACAAAAGUUUCAUCAUAAAAUUUAUAUGAAAGACUAAAAACGUAUUAGUAUUAUCGUAAUGGUCUGAUAAUAUUGCCACUCUAAUAAUAUUUCUCAUCUAAUAAUCUUUAUGGAAAAAGUAGGUUUGACUUGAAAUUUUGAUAAGCCACUUUAAAAGUAAUUGUAAAAUGACUAUAAACACACACCACUUAUUCUAUGUAUUCUAUGUAAUGCACCACAUUGGUAUGUUGUGCAUAAAACCAUGGUUCUUUCUUCUGUGAAACACACAAGAAGAUAUUUUGAGUGCAAUCUGUAAAAAAAUUAAAAUUUUAUGUCAGAUGGAUUGACAGAAAUAUACCGUAAAAUAAUAUUUUUCCCCUGUAAA